GGAACCUAUAAGCCAAGACUUAUAGGAUCAUCACCCACGUUACGUACCACGAGCCCUAUAAACCAAAACAAUAAUUCUUCCAUGUAAUCAUCAAUUGCUUCUUUUUAAAAACAAUCCCAUUAUCAAUUCCGGCUCCGCCUCCACCGCUUCCGAUCCCCGAGACCGGCCCGCACGGGAAGACCCACCAAACUUUUAUCUCAAAUGUCGCUGAUCGCUUCACCUCAAGAGCAAAACAAGCCACCUCCAGACUCAGAACCCGGGUCCCCUUCCCCAGCAAUGGAGCGCCACAAGCAGGCUGUGACAACCAUCGCAUCAGCCGUCCGCGGCUUCUUCGAGCGUCGUGAGCCAUAUCGCAUCUUCCACGGCAGCACGAAUAGCACACGGCCUCAGCAGACAGGCAAACCCGUCGUCGAUAUCAGUGCCCUUCGAAAUGUCCUCCAGGUCGAUCGUGCGACUCGCACUGCUCUCGUCGAGCCCAAUGUUCCAAUGGAUAAACUUGUUGAGUCGACGCUGAAGCAUGGCCUUGUACCGCCUGUUGUUAUGGAGUUUCCUGGUAUCACGGCUGGAGGAGGGUUUGCAGGCACAGCUGGCGAGAGUUCCUCGUUUAAGCACGGAUUCUUCAAUGAUACUGUCAAUUGGGCUGAGAUGAUUCUUGGAAAUGGAGAGGUUGUCCGAGCAUCGCGAGAGGAGAACGCUGACUUGUUCCGUGGUGCUGCUGGAGCUGUUGGCUCUUUGGGCAUGACAACGCUUCUUGAGCUUCAACUUCAAGAAGCUAAGAAGUUUGUCAAGACGACCUAUCAUCGUACGAGCAGUGUUGCUGAAGCUGUUGCUCGUAUCCGCGCCGAGACCGAGAACCCUUCCAAUGACUAUGUCGAUGGCAUCCUCUUCUCCAAGGACCACGGCGUUGUUGUUACUGGUACCCUGACUGAUGACAAGCCUGCCGAUAUCAAGCCCCAGACCUUCAGUGGUGCAUGGGAUCCCUGGUAUUACCUCCAUGUCCAAGACCGCACUCGCAACGUUCCCUCCGCUGGCCCUACUGUCUCCGCCGAAUCUGCCUCUUCCUCUCCUGUUGAUUACAUCCCUCUCGCUGAGUACUUCUUCCGCUAUGACCGCGGUGGUUUCUGGGUUGGCGCCGCUGCUUUCACUUACUUCAAGGGUGUUCCUUUCACAAAAUUCUUCCGCUGGUUCCUCGAUGAUUUCCUCCAUACUCGCAUGCUGUACCGCGCUCUUCACGGUAGCGGCGAGUCUGCUCGUUUCAUCGUCCAGGAUCUGGGCCUGCCUUACAAGACUGCUGAGACCUUUGUCGACUACACUGCUGAGAACUUCAACAUCUGGCCCCUCUGGCUCUGCCCGUUAAAGCAGACACCUCCUCCGACUUUUCAUCCUCACACUGGCGAGACCACAACUACCGCUGACGGAACUGUGACCACUCCACCAUCGCUGAACAUUGGUCUCUGGGGCUGGGGACCUUCUGACCCAGAUGAAUUUGUCGCCAAGAACCGCGCGCUUGAAGAUAAGCUUGUUGAGCUUGGAGGUCUCAAGUGGCUCUAUGCUCAUACUUAUUACAACGAAGAGGAGUUCUGGAAGCUCUACGAUCAACAAUGGUAUGAAGCUCUGCGAAAGAAAUAUCACGCCGAGACACUUCCUACUGUUCAUGACAAGGUCAAGGUUGAUGUUGAAGCGCGAAAGGAAGAACGACAGAAGUGGAAGCGAUCUCUCAAGAGCAAGCCCCCGCUGGGCGGCCUGUAUGGUAUCUGGAAGGGCAUUCAGAGCAAGGACUACAUGCUCCACCGACACGGAGAGUGGAAGUUCAAGGAGGAGAAAUAGACGAAUACCCCUAUUUAUGUUAUGUACGAAUAGAAGAUAGUUGUAAAAGUAUCUGAACAUGGCUUGGAAGGCCAUGUUCUUAGAUGUCACAUAUACUGACAACCACACAGUGGCUGAUAGAAGAAUAGACACAAGCUAGAGAAAACCUAAUCGAUUGAAAUACUUUUUUUUAUAUUCCAA